ACCCGUGUCUUGUUGGAAGUCACUUUGCCUAGAGUAGACGUUGUUUGCGGGAAAAAUUUGCUCCUCCCGUUAAGUAACCACUUUGCUCUCUAAGGCGGAACGUGUCAUUGAGGCAGCAAGUCCUGACAGAUACGGGGAAAAAAAUGGCACAUUGUAGAGAACAUCUACACUCCGCUAACUCAGUCACAACGCAAAAAUUACACAAAAAUAAAACGUUCCUUGUUACAUACUAUGUGCUUCAUAAAACAUACAAGUAGUUUUAUUUUCCUAUACCAAUGAGAAAACACUUCUAUCUAUUAACAAGGACCUGUAGUAAGACGCAGCGCGUGCGCGAGCCAUCUGGCGCCGUACAGCGCUUAGAGGCCCGAAUAACGACCUGCCUUACGCUUUGCGGCUGUCGUGGGAGAGGCAUCUGGGCUCGGACUGGGGCCGCCAUGGGGAAGGUGAAUGUGGCUAAGUUGCGUUACAUGAGCCGAGAUGACUUCAGGGUCUUGACCGCAGUUGAAAUGGGCAUGAAGAACCAUGAAAUUGUUCCCGGCAGUUUGAUUGCUUCUAUAGCCAGCCUUAAACAUGGUGGCUGUAAUAAAGUUUUAAGAGAAUUAGUGAAACAUAAACUCAUAGCUUGGGAGCGUACCAAAACUGUCCAGGGCUAUCGGUUGACAAAUGCAGGAUAUGAUUACCUAGCUUUGAAAACACUUUCUUCUAGGCAAGUAGUUGAGUCUGUUGGAAACCAGAUGGGUGUUGGCAAAGAAUCAGAUAUUUACAUUGUUGCAAAUGAAGAAGGACAACAAUUUGCAUUAAAGCUUCACAGACUAGGAAGAACCUCGUUUCGAAAUCUGAAAAACAAACGCGAUUAUCAUAAACAUAGGCACAGUGUGUCUUGGCUUUAUUUAUCUCGUCUCUCUGCCAUGAAGGAAUUUGCCUAUAUGAAGGCAUUGUAUGAGAGGAAAUUUCCAGUUCCAAAGCCAAUUGAUUACAAUCGUCAUGCAGUGGUCAUGGAACUCAUAAAUGGUUAUCCACUAUGUCAGAUACACCAUGUUGAAGAUCCUGCAUCAGUAUACGAUGAAGCUAUGGAACUAAUUGUCAGACUUGCAAAUCAUGGGCUGAUUCAUGGAGAUUUUAAUGAAUUUAAUCUCAUUUUGGAUGAAAAUGACCAUAUCACCAUGAUUGAUUUUCCACAGAUGGUUUCAACUUCUCAUCCCAAUGCUGAGUGGUAUUUUGACAGAGAUGUUAAAUGCAUUAAAGAUUUCUUCAUGAAACGUUUCAGCUACGAAAGUGAGCUUUUUCCAGCCUUUAAGGAUAUCAGGAGGGAAGAUACUCUUGAUGUGGAGGUUUCUGCCAGUGGCUACACAAAGGAAAUGCAGGCAGAUGAUGAACUGCUUCAUCCAUUAGGUCCAGAUGAUAAAAAUAUUGAAACAAAAGAGGGAUCUGAAUUCUCAUUUUCAGAUGGAGAAGUGGCAGAAAAAGCAGAGGUUUACAGGUCAGAAAAUGAAAGUGAGCGGAACUGUCUAGAAGAAUCAGAGGGCUGCUAUUGCAGAUCAUCUGGAGACCCUGAACAAAUAAAGGAAGACAGUUUAUCAGAAGAAAGUGCUGAUGCACGGAGUUUUGAAAUGACUGAAUUCAAUCAAGCUUUAGAAGAAAUAAAAGGGCAGGUUGUUGAAAAGAACUCUGUAACUGAAUUUUCUGAGGAGAAAAACAGAACUGAAAAUUACAACAGGCAAGAUGGUCAGAGAGUUCAAGUAGGAGUCCCUGCUGGCUCUGACGAGUAUGAAGAUGAGUGCCCUCAUCUAAUUGCCUUGUCGUCAUUAAAUAGAGAAUUCAGGCCUUUCAGAGAUGAAGAAAAUAUGGGAGCUAUGAAUCAGUAUAGAACAAGAACUCUGAGUAUCACUUCUUCAGGCAGUGUUGUAAGCUGUUCAACAAUUCCUCCAGAACUGGUGAAACAGAAGGUGAAACGUCAGUUGACAAAACAGCAAAAAUCAGCUGUCAGACGUCGAUUACAGAAAGGAGAAGCAAAUAUAUUUACCAAGCAACGUAGGGAAAACAUGCAAAAUAUCAAAUCAAGUUUGGAAGCAGCUAGCUUUUGGGGAGAAUAAUGUAUUUAGGAUCUUGGAUAUGUUUAAUAUAUUUUUUAAAGUUACUAUAAUUCCUUUUUGAGCCCUCAUUUGUCUUUUUUGAGCCAAGGCUAUCAUAUAUUAAUAAAUAAACCCUCUUUCAUCUAUAAAUUUGGGUCAUUCAGUAUGUGUCUUGCAAAGAAUAAUUAUCUGCCAAAGCAGUCCAUUUUUUUCAAAGUAAUUUGGGUAACUAAAGUUAAAUAACUUUAUUAGAGAUAUUUGCAUAUUUUUAAAAAUCUAAACGUUGUUUUCUGUUUGUUGAGGAUUAUAUGAUACAAUGCACAUAAAGCAAUUAGAACAAUGUUUAGAACAUUGUAAGCCUUCAAUAAAACAUGGCUAUUAGAAUCAUUAUAAUGAUUCUGAAAUUCUGCUGACAACUUGGUUGCAUUUUAUUUGGCAACUGGAGGAAUUCACUGUCUUAUUUUUCUUUAGAAGUAAAGAUAAGCCUUUGGAAGUAAGGAUAAGCCAGUAAUGCAUAAUUUGCUUAAUUAAUUGAUUAAUUAAUAAUCUGUUUUGUGCCACUUACAUUGGUAAUGUGGUCAUGAGAAUGGAAACUUAUUUGAGAUCGUCUACCACAAUUUUUACAGUUGGCAGCUUGUAAGCAGGCCUGAGUAGCAGAAGAGUUAGGGGUCGGGGAAGGUGGAGUAGAAUGAGGAAUGAAAUGUUCUUUCUCAUAUGCUUAUUAUGUAAGUGGGUCUGGAACAUGUUCUCACCUCAAUGUUAACAAAUACCUAAUGCAGGAAGGAAAAUACAUAGCCAUGGUCCCUUCCUCAAGGACUUUAUAAUUCAGUGAGAUGUAAAGAUGAGUGCUUAAGUGUAUGCACCUGAUUAUUGUCUCGUCAUUGCCGCGUAAGUCGGAAAAGGGGAUCACUUGCCGCGAAAAAUGGCCACUAGAUGGCAAUAUCACCCCAUAGUCACCAAACAGGAUUACUUGCAUCCCUAAUUAUGUUCUACCAGAGGGAAUAUAGUACAGACUUUUCCAAGAUUGAUAAAGACAGCAGAUUCCCUUUCACCUUUGCCACAUUAACUCUACUAGCUAUUUGCAAGACCUGUCAUUAUCUGAUAAAUUGGUUUAAAUAUAUAGAAGCUAGAAAAUGCCAAUUCCUGUUCCCUCAAAAGUUAGACAUUGAAAUAUUUAAAUACUGUUGCUUUGCAUUUUAGAUAUAUCUUUGAAUUCAGGUAUUCAUUUUUUAUAAUCUCUCGACUUUUAAGCAUUUUUUUAAUGUAAAGUUGAAAACAGCUUAAUAGAACCACAGAAUGUUUAUUUUGGAGUAAUGUUCUUAUAUUCAGAGCAAUGAAAGCAAAUUGGGAAUAAAGCCUUAUCCUGCUCAGCUUUA